AUGACAGGAAGUACGAAUGCCGACCGAUAUGCUCACACAGCAACCACAUUAGCAAAUGGAUUAGUAUUAGUUGCUGCUGGUGCCUAUUUCAAUAGUGCUGAAUUAUACAAUCUAUCGACAGGUAUUUGGACGAUGACAGGAAACAUGAAUUUCCAACGAUCACAUCACAAAGCAUCUAUAUUAACAAAUGGAUAUGUAUUAGUUACUGGUGGAAUUCAGAAUUCUGCUGCUUUGAAUAGUGCUGAAUUGUACAAUCCAUCAAUAAAUGCUUGGACAACUACAGGAAACAUGAAUGUUGCACGAUAUGAUCACACAGCAUCUACAUUAACAAAUGGAUAUGUGUUAAUUACUGGUGGACGCAACCGUCAUAAUUAUUUCAAUAGUGUUGAAUUGUACAAUCCAUCAACAGGUACUUGGACAAUCACGCAAAACAUGAGUGUUGCACGAGCAUAUCACACAGCAUGUACAUUAACAAACGGGCAUGUACUAAUUACUGGUGGAUUUAAAGGCAGUACUCCUUACAGAAGUGCUGAAUUGUACAAUCCAUCAACAGGUACUUGGACAACUACAGGAAACAUGAAUGUCGCACGAUCUGAUCACACAGCAUCUACAUUAACAAAUGGUUAUGUAUUCGUUACUGGUGGACGCAACUUCAAUACUCAUAUAAAUAGUGUUGAAUUGUACAAUCCAUCAAGAGGCACUUGGACAAUUACGAGAAAUAUGAGUUCCCCACGAUCACAUCACACAGCAUCCACAUUAACAAAUAAAUAUGUAUUAGUUACUGGCGGAUUUAUAGCCGGUGCUUAUCUCGGAAGUGCUGAAUUGUACAAUCUAUUAACAGGUACUUGGACAACUACGGGAGAUAUGAGUGUCGAACGAACAUUUCACACAGCAACCACAUUACAAAAUGGGUAUGUAUUAGUUACUGGUGGAGCCAUGCGCAAUGAUCGCAAUACUGUCGAGCUUUAUUAG